GUGUGUGUGUCCUCUGUAUUCUCCAUCACACACUCGCUCCAGCAUCGGUGUGUCUGAUGGCGUUUCUCCGGUGGAUCCUCCGGCUGCUGACGCUCCUCAUCGUUUCUCACAGUGUGUGUGUUUUGUUUUAUUACACACCCAACACACACUCGUCCAGAGAGGUGAUGAGGGACACACUUCAGCGGCUGCACUGCGCUAAACUCAGACGCAAGUUCUCCAUCAUCACAGACACAAAAAGUCUGAACAUGAAGACUUUCACUCAGGAACUCGGUGAUUUCUUAAACUGCCCGUACAAACCCAACAUGACCGAGCAGGAGCUAAACAGAUUGAGUCUGCAGUUUCUCUGUAACGCCACAGGAUCGUUAUUCCACACUAAACGAAACACAGCCGUCAAUCAGUCCAUCCCAUAUGAGACCAGCGCAACACAAACAUACACAAUGAAUGCAGCCAUCCACAGCAUGCUACCUGAGGAUUUCCCCUGGAGCGGUCGUCGUCUGGGUCGGUGUGCUGUAGUUGGCAGUGGUGGGAUCCUGAAGAACAGCAGCUGUGGACGUGAGAUUGACAGCGCAGACUUCGUCAUACGGUUUAAUUUGGCGUUGAUUAAUGACAGUGAUGUUGGGCUGAAGACGGAUCUGAUAACCGUCAACCCCACUCAGAUUCGGAGAGAAUUCAACAACAUGGAGCAGAAUCCGGAUCCGCUGGUGGAGCGGGUCAGUGUGUACGGAAACGCAUCCCUCGCGAUUCCUGCCUUUGCCUACGCAUUCUGCACUGGACUGUCCAUCAGAACUCUCAAAGUCCUGCAUCCAAUCAGACCCCAGCAGCCGGUGGUGUUCUUCAGCCCCAUUUACCUGCGGACACUGGACCGUUUAUGGAAGGGGCGUGGCCUGAAGUCAGUCCGCCUCUCUUCUGGGUUUUUGCUAAUUAACACAGCGCUGGAACUGUGUGAGGACGUGCACGUGUACGGAUUCUGGCCAUUCGACACUGAUCUGCAGGACAAUCCCAUUCCGUACCAUUAUUACGACCAGUUGCGUCCGCACCCCUACAUGCACAAAAUGUCGGAGGAGUUUGUGCGGCUUCUGCAGCUCCACAGCCAGGGGGCGCUGACACUGCACCUGCAGCCCUGCUCCUCAGAGACACACUGACAUCUGCACGGGCAUAUAACCUUAUAAAGUGCCCUGUUUAUAUCUGCAACCAUUGUAGAUGUUAUCAAGUGCACUCCAUCCAGUGAUGCACUGCGAUAUGUGUUAUGAAAUAAGCGGCUGCCAGGGCAAGAGUAAAUUAAAUGACUUUCUUUUUUUUUUCUUUUUUUUUUUGUAUAUGUGUGAUAUUUUAUGUCAGUAGAAAAAGGUAACUAUACAAUAUUAUAUAUUUACUUAAUCUAUACAUAUCAUCUUAUUAUUUCCAUAGCUACCGGCCCUGGUGGUGGUUUUUGUUAAA